UUAUCUAAAUCAAAAAAUUGAAGAGCAUGGCUAUGAUGACUUGUAUGGAUUUUUGGAGCCCCAAUCCAUACAAGAAUCGGGGAAUAAGAAAGAAGAGGCUAUAAAUUAUAUAAAUGAUAGGAUAAAGAACUCCCAGAAGCAAAUUUACUUGGCUCCUUACGUUGAUCAAAAUCAUUGGCAGCUGUUGGUUCUUUGUCCUAUGAGUAAUGUUGUUGUAUGGUUUUGUUCUUUGCAUCAUAAGCCCCCUAUACAUGUCAAACAUUUAGUUAAAAGUGUUAUGGCUGUGUAUAAUGUCAUGAGUGGUAUAUCUACUGCACUGUCAAAGAACUUAGAAUGGAUUUACCCCAUGAGUUAUAAACAACAAGGACAUUAUGAAUGUGGAUACUAUGUCAUGAAUUGGAUGUCAGAAAUAAUUGAAGGGGGAGUAACAAAUGGUUGGAGUGAGCUUUUUGAAGAUGCUACACCAUUGGGGGAAACCAAAUUGGAAGACAUUCGGAUUCAUUGGGGAAAUUUAUUUUUAGAAAAAUUUAGAAAUAGAUCAUGUUGAAAGGUCUAGUAUUACAUGUAAAAUUUAGAAAUAGGUGAAUGUGGUUUCAGUAUUAGGCUGUCCAGUGCAUGUCUAAUGUAAUGUGACCUAAUUUUUUUGCUCUUCUCUUCUCCUUAUAGGAGAUAUAUAUUAUAUAAUGAUGUAAUUGAGCCAUUUCUAUAAUGAUAAUGAUC